AUGAAGCCUUUUUCUCCCUUGUUUCUUUCAUUUUGGUCCCAAUGCCUUCAAUUGUUUCUCUUCUUCACUUUGAUCUUUCGACCUUGCCUAGUAACUUCUUCAUGGGAUAAUGAGACUGAUCAUUUGUCCUUGCUCAAAUUCAAGGAAUCAAUAUCCAGUGAUCCAAGUCAUAUAUUGGACUCUUGGAAUUUUUCUACACACUUCUGCAACUGGCAUGGCAUCACUUGUGGCAAUGAGCCUCGCAGAGUUACACGGUUGGUAUUAGAAGGAUAUCAAUUGAGUGGUUCUAUAUCACCUUUCAUAGGCAAUCUCUCUUUCCUUAGAACUAUCAUUCUUCGAAACAACAGUUUCUUCGGAGAAAUCCCACAGGAUUUGGGUCGUUUGUUCCGGCUCCGGUUACUUUCUUUCCUCAAUAAUACAUUGACCGGAAAAUUUCCUGUCAACAUCACGAGUUGCUCUAAACUCAGGUACUUAUCAUUUGGUAGAAAUAAUCUUGCUGGCAAAAUACCCAUGGAGAUUGGCUAUCUCCAUAACCUGGAACGGUUAUAUUUACUUGAAAACAAUUUUAUUGGGCAAAUCCCAAUGUCCAUGUGGAAUUUGUCUUCCCUUACAGUUAUUUAUUUUUCUAUGAAUAAUCUGGAGGGGAAUAUACCUAAAGAAAUAGGACGCUUGGAAAAUUUGAUAGCAUUUUUAUUAGAUGUAAACAAGCUUUCUGGGCCAAUUCCUUCCUCUCUAUACAAUUUGUCAUCCCUCACCCAUAUUGGACUUAAUGGCAAUCACUGUAAUGGCUCCCUCCCAUCCAACAUGUUCAAUAGCCUCCCUAAUCUCCAAGUUUUGACACUUGGAGUAAAUCAAAUCUCAGGUCCUAUCCCAGCAUCCUUAGCAAACACAUCUAAGCUUGAAAUAAUAUCUGUGGGAGACAAUAGCUUUUCAGGGCUAAUUCCAAAUCUUGAAAAAUUGCAUGACCUUUCAUUUCUGGAGUUGUCUUUUAAUAAUUUGGGAAGUAAUUCUUCUAAAGAUUGGGAGUUUCUAUAUUCCUUGAGCAAUUGCAGUAAAUUGCGACAAUUAGUAAUACCCGGCAACAACUUGGGGGGCCAUUUACCUGAUGCCAUUGGCAAUUUGUCCACCCAACUCACAAUGCUUGUUCUUGGUUCUAAUCAAAUAUUUGGCAAAAUCCCUGCUUCAUUAGGAAACCUUGUUGGCCUAACAUCACUAAAUAUGGAGAUGAAUCAUUUCACUGACUUCAUCCCAACUACUUUUGGGAAUUUUCAAAAUAUGCAAUCUUUGGCUUUAGGGGGAAAUAAAUUUUCUGGAGAAAUAAAACAUUUCAUAGGUAAUCUCACUCAGUUAUUUCUCCUAGAUUUGUCGGGAAACAUGUUCAAAGGAAAGGUUCCUCCAACUAUUGGUAAUUGUAAGAGUUUACAACGUCUUGAUCUGUCACAAAACAAUUUCAGUGGAGCCAUACCAGUCCAGCUAAUUACUCUUUCAUCUCUAUCAAUUUUAUUGAACUUGUCCCAUAACUCUUUUGGUGGCAAAAUUCCUAGUGAGGUUGGAAACUUAAAAAAUAUUGGUAAAUUGGAUGCCUCUCAUAACCAUAUCUCUGGAAAAAUUCCUCAAGCCAUUGGAGAUUGCCAAAGCUUAGAGUAUCUCUUUUUGCAAGGAAAUUUCUUUCAAGAAACCAUCCCCUCAUCUUUGGCUUCAUUGAAAGCUCUAAGACAUCUAGACUUGUCACAAAAUAACCUGUCUGGAUCAAUUCCAAAAGGCCUGCAAGAUAUUGCUCUCUUGGGGUACCUAAAUGUUUCCUUCAACAUGCUUGAUGGGGAAGUACCAAGCAAAGGCGUUUUCAGCAAUGCAAGUGCAAUAUCAGUUUUGGGGAAUAAGAAGCUUUGUGGAGGCAUAUCAAAGUUGGAGCUGCCACCAUGCCCUCUCAAAUCUACUGGACAACGAAAGCAUCUAAAUUUCCAGUUGUUCAUAUCAAUAUGUUGUGUGGUUGCUUUUUUGCUUCUGGCAUCUGUUGUUGCUAUUUAUCAUGGGAAAAAAAGAAGCAAGAAAUCUUCUUCAAAUUCAGCAACAAUUGACAUGAUUUCCAAAGUAUCAUAUCAAAGUUUGCAUAAUGCCACAGAUGGAUUCUCUAUCAACAACUUGAUAGGGUCAGGGAGCUCUGGCUCUGUAUACAAGGGAAGUUUUGAAUCCAAUGAAGUUGUUGCGAUAAAGGUCAUCAACUUUCAAAAAAAGGGAGCUCACAAGAGUUUUGUGUCUGAAUGUAAUGCACUUAGAAAUGCAAAGCAUAGAAAUCUAGUAAAAGUUAUAACAUGCUGCUCUGGCAUAGAUUACAAGGGCCAUGAAUUUAAGGCUCUAGUGUAUAAGUAUAUGGUGAAUGGAAGCUUGGAAAAUUGGUUGCAUCCUAGAACAGAGAAUCUAGAUCAUCCAAGACUUUUGCUCCUUGAUCAAAUACUAGAUAUUCUUAUCGACAUUGUGUCUGCAUUAAACUAUCUUCAUAAUGAAUACGGGCAACCUCUAAUUCAUUGUGAUUUGAAGCCCAGCAAUGUUCUUCUUGAUGGCAACAUGGUUGCUCAUUUGAGUGACUUUGGAUUGGCAAGACUGCUAUCAACUGUUGAAACCAUCUCUAAUGAGCAAAGCAGCACAAUUGGAAUAAAGGGUACUAUUGGCUAUGUUCCUCCAGAAUAUGGAAUAGGUUCUGAGGUAUCAACACAAGGUGACAUGUAUAGCUUUGGCAUUCUCGUCUUAGAGAUGUUGACUAAAAGAAGACCCACUGGAGAAAUGUUUAAAGAUGGUCACAAUCUUCAAACAUAUGUGAAAAAUGCAUUUCCAAAGAAGCUUUUGGAAGUUGUAAGCCCAACUAUUUUUCCACAAGAAUUAGAAGAAGCAGUGGUAGCAUCAGGAGACAUAUCGGAGAACACGAUGCAAAUCCCAAGUAAUGUUGAGAAAUGCUUGCAUUGUUUGUUUAUGAUUGGGCUUACAUGUUCAAAAGAAUCACCUCAUGAAAGGAUGAGUGUAAUUGAUGUCGCAAGGGAACUAAAUUCCGUCAAAAGCUUUUUUCCUUUAUGGUAA